AUGGUUUCUGCCCUCAAAAACCUCCACAACCUCUCCAGUAACAACAACAAUAACAACAAAAAAGGUCUCGCCAAUACUGCUGCUCUUUCUCCAGAGUGCUCUCUGUCCUCUACCUCUCCCACAAAAACCAGCCUGGUUUCCGGGGGAUUGCUCCAGAACCUGCCUUUUGCUCUUUUGAACCCAAAAAACUACCACAAUCUGAAUGUCUUACACUACAACACCAACUCUUCCUCUAUUUCUCCAUCUUCUUCUGCUGCCCACACCCACAGCUCCCUUCCCUCUGAGAUGUUGCUUCCCUCGUCCAGUCUUGCUUCCUCAGACACACACACUCCCAAUCCCCCUGCUUCCACCACUGCCAAUCCUGCUGCUAUAAAUAACGUGGACUCCGUAGCCUCUUCUCGUCUUGGUGUUCUUCCUAACCAAAUCGACUUUGCUCUUGUCAAUUCUAACGAAAAGGUGCGCAAACAAAGAACAAAGAGAGCCUGUGAUAACUGCAACUUGAAAAGAACCAAAUGCAAUGGUGAAUCCCCCUGUGGAAAAUGUUUCAAAGCAAAUCGUCCCUGCACUUACCUACGAUGUGAAAAAAAAAGAGGAAGGGCUAGCGACAAAUAUCCAAAAGAACCAAAAAAGAGAAAGUCAAAAAAAAAUUUUGCUGCUUCUUAUAACAAUCCCCAUAAUCGUAAUACAAAAACAAAUACUACUGACUCUCUCAUCAACAAUAUUCAGCUAACAACCAAUCUGGAUUUCUCUCAAAAUGCCCUGCUCUUCAACCCUUUGAAUCUGGAUAACCAGUUUCUGCUCAAAAACCUGUCUUCAUUUGAUCAACCAAAUAAUCCUGAUAAUACUGAUCAAAUCGCACAAUUAAAUAAUGCAAAUGUGAUAAAUAUAAAUAAUAUAAACGAUAUAAAUAUCGGUAAUAUAAGCAAUACCAAUAACAUUGAAUCCAUCACAAAUCCAUUUGAUCCAAUCACCGAAAUCAAUCCUAUCAACGAGAUCAACGAGAUUAACCAAACCACUCAAAUUAGCACCAUAGAUAAUAAUAAGAACAGUACUAACUAUAAUGUUGAUAGCGACAGUGACAGUGGCAGUGAUAGUAAUAACAAUGGAAAUAAUACCAAUAGAACUCACAAUAAUAUACCCCAGGUGGCAAAUAUAACUCUCAAACAUUCUAGUAAUUUCAACCUAACUCAUCUAGCCAAUAUUGAAACUCAUCAAAAUAACAAAAACCAAUUCAACUGUUAUAUCUCCAACAUAGGUUCUCUAUCUUCCCUCAUCCCUGGAGCUGUUGUAAGUCCUAUGUCUUCAACAACUUAUCCCUCAACUGAAAAUGGCGAUACAUCUUCAUCUGGUCAUCAAGAUACCUUCAUCGAUAAUAAUAAUAAUAAUAAUAAUAAUAAUAAUAAUAAUAAUAAUAAUAAUAACAAUGACAAUAACAUAACUAGCAUAAAUAACUUAAAUAACAUAAAUACUUUAAACACUUUAAAUAAUUUAAAUAAUUUAAAUGUCUUAAACAACUUAAACAACUUAAAUAACUUAAAUAACUUGAACAACCUAAAUAACUUGAAUGAUAUGACUCCAGUACCUAGCAGUAACCUCAUUAAUACUGAAUCAUUGAACUUAUUACCAGAUGUUACAUCCAACUCAAUCAAAAAAAUUGAUAACUAUAACGCUUUGACUUUUAAUGCCGUUAAUAAUCUUUCUACUCAAAUUCAAAACCAAAUUCAAUUCCAAAAUAACCUUACAAAUCCAUUCCAAAACCAAUUCCAAAAUCAACUUCAAGAUCAACUCCAAAAUCAACUCCAAAACCAACUCAUUCUCUCCCAUCUGUCAAAUACAAACCAACUCAUUCUUCAAAAACAAAACCAAUCUCAUUUCCAAACACAAUUCCAUUUUCAAUUCCCAAACCAAAUCCAAGAUCAACUCAAAAAACAAAAUGUAAAGCUAUCUCCAAGAUUAACUGAACUACUAAACCAAACAAAUUCUUACGCAAUCGGUCAAAGAGCUCUUUAUCCAAUGAUCUCAAAUAGCAUCAACUCUCUUCGUCGCUCUGCAGCGCUUUUUCAAUCUCUUUCUAAAGCAUACGAACAAGUUAAAUAUAAAUGCCUACUCAAUUUUGUCUCAGUACUAGAAAGCGUCAACAUCCCUAUUGACCUAGCUAAUGAACUACUUGAACACUACUUCUCGGAACCUGGACCAGUAUUAAAAGUCACUCCAAUGCUAAGACCAAGAGAUUUCUUAGUCAACAUUGCUGAAGAAGAAAAACAAUACAGAUUAUCUUCGGUCUCACUACUCGCCUCGAUUAUGGCAUGUGCCUCUUACGAUCUUCAGCAUCCUCUUUUAAUUGGAAGAAAAAGAAGUCAGGUAAUUUCGGGCUUUUUCAAUAUAGCUAAAAAGACUUUAUGCCCAGAAUACUUGGAUCCUGAACUUCAAAUAUCCUCAAAUUCCGUAGAUAUAAUAAAAACAAUCGAUGAUGUAAUGACACUAAUAGUUCUUCAUCCAAUUGCUCCCAAUAUCUCUUCCUUUGCAGAGUCUGUUUUACUCCUUAAAAAUUCAAUAGUAUUGGCUCAAGCUAUGCAGUUAAAUAAAGAAUUACCAAGAGAUGAAGUCGAAAUAGAGGUUGAUAAGGAUAAUUUUACUCUCGUGAAAAAAUCAGAAAAUUCUUCGAUCGGCGCUACUGAAAUAAUUAGAGAAGAAAGAAGAAGAGUUUGGUGGACUUUAUAUAUUCUCGAUAGACAUCAUUCUUUGUCUUUAAAUAAACCCAUGAUGAUUCAAGAUCGAGAUUGCAUGGAAUUAUACCAUGCUUGUGAUGAAAAACUUUGGAUGAUAAACGAAGAUUUCCCCAACAGCUUCCCACCAGAAGAGUUUCAGAAAAGACCAAUAGGCAUAUGUUUCAGUGUCGUUAAACCAGGCGUCUUUGGUUGGUUAUUUCCAUUGUACAUGAUAAUGGGUGGCAUAGUCGACUUUAAAUUUUUUGUUUUGAGUAAAAUUGAUAAAGGACUAUUAGAAAAGGGAAGUGGACAAGAUGAUAACCUUACAAAUUAUAAAAACCAACUCUUUGAUCACCUCAAAACAUACAGAAAAGGUUUGGAUACUUUAAAAGAAACUAGUAUGGUUGAUUUUUAUUAUGCCAGUGCCAUUUGUGUGGUUGCAGAUUAUUUUAUUACACAAAACCUUGGUGCCUUUGAGCUAGACGAAUUUUUAAAUAAAAAUUCCUACAAAAAUGAAAAAAAGGAUUUGGAUUUAAAAACAAAAGAAACCCAAGAACUAAGAUGGUAUAAUGAGGGCUUGAAAUACCUUGCAUUAUUGUUCGAAUUUGAUUCGAGAAUGAGAUCUCAUACUUUUAUUCUUCAAUUUUACUUAUUUUGGGGUGGUCUUGACAACUUGAGGAUAUUAAAUCAAACUGAUCAUAGCAGAUACGUCCAGCUUGUUAAAAAAGUUCGACCAGGAAUCAACAUAUUGAUUAAUUGCAUCGAAAGUUUAAUGGUUGCACUCCCAACCGAGUUUUUAAGGAUGAUGAGGAAUUGUUUAAGAGAAGCAAUGAGGGAUGCCGAUAAUUUGGUAAUGUUAAAUGAUUAUCGUGAACAACUUGAAAAAAAUAAAACCAAGCGGAAUAGAGCCUUGUCAUCAUAUUCAUGGAGUCAUAAUGGUUUUGGUUUAGGUAUUUAA